GUCUUCGGUGUUUGAUUAUAUAUACGCAUAAUUGGUGAUUCGUGAGAGCCAAGAAACUGAAGAAAGUCAGAGUGAAGAAACCCAGAAAUUUUAUAAUCACUGUCAAGAUUUCAGAUCAUCAAUAGUCUAACAAUAUGGCCAUUAACAGAGACUUGAAUGCUUCACAAGUCUCUCACCCGCAAUAUUUGCCAGAUCCAAGGCAGGCCACCUCCACUUCACGAAACAACAAGCAGGCUCAAGAGGUCAGCAACACAGAUAUGACGAGUGGGGAUGAAGGCAGCAGCAUCAUCUUCUUGAGGAAGAUUUUCGUGUUCUUGUUCUACUUGCACCUUUUCUUGGUUACUGUGUUGACCAUCUUUCUGACAGUGAGGGGAAUGAUUUCUGCUGCCAAUAAUAAGCACCGUAGUUUCCGCCCCCGGGAAUGGUACUCGCCGAUCCUUGCUUCAACAGCUUGCGGUGGAAUUGUUGCUCUCGCAUGGCCGGCCAUCGUUUUCCGCAGCCCUUCGCGAGGAAUCAUGGCUGUGCUGUGGCUGAGUCCUCUCCUCAGUCUUGGAGUCGCCAUUUUACUCAUCUAUAUAGGCACUACAGGAAGCUCGGUAGCAGGGGCAUUGGCUCUCAUCUCUGCAUUCGUUCAAUCCCUGUAUUCAUGCUGGGUUAAUCCCAGGAUUGAGUAUGCCGCUCGGGUUAUAUCCAUUUCCACAUCAUCUUCACGAGCUAGUUUUAAUUAUUCUUGUAUGGUUUUGUUGUCAAUCGCAAUUAGUACCCUUUACUCCAGCGUUGCCAUAGCUGGGAUUGGAGGAGCCAGGGCAACAGCAACUCGCCUUGAUUUCGUCUUCAUCGUCGCCAUCAUUCUCAGCUUCAUAUGGACCCUGCAAGUAAUCAAGAACACACUGCAAGUCACAGUAUCUCACAUCAAAUAUUACGAAUUUGCAGCGGCAAUACAGCUUGAUGCCAAGGAAGUGUUCUUGAACUACACUGCCAAGAAUUCAAUGGGGACCAUCUGUUUCGCCUCAAUCCUUGUCCCUAUCCUCACUGUAAUCCGGGGCACGGCCCGAGCAGUGAGCCAGGUUUCAGGAGAUGUGGAUGAGUUCUUGUUCUCCUGCUCCAGCUGCUCUUCAGGCAUCGCCUCGUGCCUGGUGGCAUAUGGGAACCGGUGGGGCUUUCUGCGCGUGGGGGUUCACAACAAGGGGAUUGUGCAGGCAUCAUCUGAAACAUGGGAGAUGUUCAGAAGAGCAGGAAUGGAACAGCUCAUCAACUCCGAUCUCACCGCCUCAAUCUGCUUCUUCUGUGGAAUUGCAGGGGGAGCAGCUUGCUCACUUCUGGGGGGAUCCUGGGCAUUUGCAAUGCAUAAGACUUAUGCAACAGAAAUUUCACUAUACGCUUUCCUCAUCGGAUAUCUAAUGAGUAGAGUGACAAUGGCGUUGCUGCAGGCUUGCAUUUCAGCAUAUUACAUUGCUUAUGCAGAGAAUCCUCAGAGCCAAAGAUUUGAUAACACUAUUAUCCCAGCUUACAUUCAAAGGCUGCAAAGAUAUGGGGCAUAGGACUGGAACACACACACUCCAUCACCAAAUAUAUAUUCGAUCAUACCAUUCAUUCAUCUCUAUUCCAUGCCAUAUGAUUCUUUCCCUGUAAUUACUGAUUCUACUGCAGGCCAGGAUAACAUUUUUCUUGGAUAGUCUGAUAUAUAGGAGCAAAAUUUUCCACAUCUUAAGUACCAUAUAUACUGAUUUUGCUUUUUAAUUUCUUAACUAUCUUCUUUUUGCUACUUUAGUUCAAGAUUCCCAAAA